AUAAACAAACGGCUGACAGCUGUUUGAAUAAGUUUGAAGGUGACAAAAACCAAGCGUAAAUUUUUCACAAAACCCAUUGUAUAUUCAUAAAAUAAUAUCUGAAAGUGUAGAAUAUGGACGUUUACAAUCAUUAGAAAGUGUACUGAGUACAGUGUACGUUAAAUAAUGAGUGUGUAUUUUGUUUCUGAGCAUUUGUUGUAAUUGUUCAAAAUGUAUACUCUCAAGGGUAUAUUUCCAGAACCAAAAAAGGAGCAGAAAAAAAACUUCAUAAGGGAAAACAUGAAACAGCUUAAAUAUAUUCAGGGCAAGUCGCCCAAAGGGUCACAACAAGGUCUGACGAGCGUCCCUCCGCGGCUCUCCAGGCAGCCAGCCGUAGCCCUCAGUAAAGUCAAGUCCUCGCCCUCCAGCAAGAGCGGCAAAGCUACCCUCUCACUUGGGAAAACCAUAGUCAACUCUCGGAAGAAAUUCACCGAUGUCCGAAUAAAGAAAGGUGAUAUGGCCGAGUUCUUAGAGAGAAAAGAGAGACGUGCCAAGCAAGUAAAAGAAGAAGAGACAGAGGAAGAGGAUGUCAAAUCAUCAGCUUCAUCUGGAUACCUCAAAGAUAUAGGUUGUCAGACUAUCGAGUCGGCUUUAGCCCAGCAACUAAACGAAUGCACUAAACUUACUAUGAUAUACCCUAAGAAAGACGAUGAGGAAGCUAAGUUGAAAGCGAGCGGGGACUCUGGCCACCAUAAUCAAGUGACAACGCCUAAGGGACGUAAGGGUAGUGAUGAGACGAAUAUUGAUUUGGAGCGGAAUCGCAGUAGGCUAAAUGCAAUAUUGGAAAGGAAGGACAAAGACAACAAAGAUCCUUAUCUGCCAUCAGGCUAUCAGCGCGGCGUGGUGCCGGCGUACCUGCGCGCGCGCGGGGGGGCGGGGGGGGGCGCCGAGCCGGGCGAGGAGUGCCCGCCCGGGCACGUGGCGCUCCCCGACCAGGAGCGCCGGGAGACGCUGCGCAUGCUCAGGAAUAGUUUUGCAGAGUUAGUAAGCGAACUAAACAAGAUGCCCGUCAAAACCGACACCCUCCGCAUGCGGAACCGCAAGAUGGAGCUCGAGAAACAGCUCGCCAAGCUCGAGGAAGGCAUCAAGGUCUUCUCGAGGCCCAAGGUCUUCGUUAAAAUCGGGGAAUAG